AUCUUCAUGAAACGUGUUUUUUUACAAUUUCCCUUCCUUUAUCACCGACCUUGUAACCUUACACCAUCUCUUUCCAUUAUAAAUACGGCUUUAUCGUCUUUUAUUACCAAUUGCGGUUCAACUUAUCCUUUAACAACCACAAAUUACUCUUCAAUUACUCCUCAAAGUCAUCCAAUCAUGUCUGAAGCCGGAAAUUUAGUGUUAUUGUCGGUUUCUGAUAAAACCGGCUUAAUACCAUUGGGAAAAGCUCUAAAUGAGCUUGGUUUUACGUUGGUGGGAAGCGGGGGAACAGCAAAAAGUUUACGGGAAGCUAAUUUACCUGUUAAAGAUGUUUCCGAAAUAUCUGGAGCCCCGGAAAUUUUGGGUGGAAGAGUUAAAACUUUACAUCCAACUGUUCACGGAGGAAUUUUAGCCCGAUUAAUUCCCUCUGAUCAAGAAGAUCUAAAACGCCAAAAAAUCGAUAUGAUUCGCAUGGUUGUAUGUAAUUUAUACCCAUUUGUUGAAACCGUUUCAAAACCGGAAGUAAAAGUACCCGACGCGGUUGAAAAUAUUGAUAUUGGAGGUGUAACUUUAUUAAGAGCUGCUGCAAAGAACCACGAUCGUGUAACUGUUCUUUGUGAUCCAAAGGAUUAUGAGAAAAUUAUUGAAGAAAUUAGAUCCUCUCCAAACAAAGAUACAAAAAAAACUACCAGAGAAAAGCUCGCCUUAAAAGCUUUUACUCACACCUCAGAAUAUGAUUUGGCUAUUUCCGAUUACUUCCGAAAACAAUUUUCAUGCGGAGAAUCUCAACUAACACUUCGUUAUGGCAUGAAUCCCCAUCAAAAACCAGCCCAAAUUUUUACAACAUUAGAAAAACUCCCGUUAACAGUUGUAAAUGGUUCUCCAGGAUUCAUUAAUUUAUGUGACGCUUUAAACGGUUGGCAAUUGGUGAAAGAAUUAAAAACAGCGUUAAAAUUACCGGCUGCUACAAGCUUUAAACAUGUUUCACCUGCAGGGACUGCGGUAGCUGUUCCUUUAACAGGGGAUGAGGCUAAAGUUUGUAUGGUGGAUGAUUUAAAAGAGCACUUAACUCCGAUGGCAAUCGCUUAUGCUCGAGCUCGAGGUGCCGAUCGAAUGUCAUCGUUUGGAGAUUUCAUCGCUUUAUCUGAUAUUUGCGAUUACGCAACGGCUCGUUUGAUAUCCCGAGAAGUUUCCGAUGGAAUCAUAGCGCCCGGUUACGACCCGGAAGCGCUUGAAUUGUUAAAAAAGAAAAAAAAUGGUUCUUAUUGUGUCCUAAAAAUCGAUCCCGAUUACAUCCCCGACCCAAUCGAACGCAAAGUUUUAUUCGGUUUAACCAUGGAACAACGCCGAAAUGAUGCUUUAAUCGAUAGAAGUUUAUUUACAAACGUCGUAACAAAUAACAAAAAUUUAACGGAAGCUGCCGUUAGAGAUUUAAUUGUGGCUACGAUUGCUUUGAAAUACACUCAAAGUAAUUCAGUUUGUUACGCGAAAAACGGUCAAGUUAUUGGUAUUGGAGCUGGGCAACAAUCCAGGAUUCAUUGUACGAGAUUAGCCGGUGAUAAAGCCGAUAAUUGGUGGUUGAGACAUCAUCCAAAUGUGAUGGCAAUGAAGUUUAAAGCGGGUGUGAAACGAGCCGAAAUAUCAAAUGCAAUCGAUAAUUACGUUAAUGGCACAAUUGGAAAAGAUAUGGACCGAGAUGUAUGGACAGCAAUGUACGAAGUUGUUCCCCCAGAGUUAUCAGAAACCAAUAAAACCGAAUGGAUCAAGAAAUUAAGUGGGGUCGCUUUAGGUUCUGAUGCAUUUUUCCCAUUCAGGGAUAACGUCGAUAGAGCCCAUUUGAGUGGAGUUACAUAUAUUGCAAGCCCAUCAGGUUCUACAAACGAUGCUGACGUAAUUAAGGCAUGUAAUGAUCAUAAAAUCACUUUAGUUCACACCAAUUUAAGAUUGUUCCAUCAUUAAAUAAAUAAAUAAAAUAUUUUUGAGUA